AUGGUCCUUCACAACAGAAGCCCCCGUUGCAGAGUCACCACUGCUUUCAUCGCAGCAAGGAAGGUCAUCGAGCUGCAGACUGCCACGCACCACAGGCAUCUUCCAAACCCACACAAUGAUGGGGUAAAGGUCCAGAUUUCUGGAGCGAUACUGACCGAAUCCUGCAGCAGGCAUCUUUCAGAAGUACUCAGGAAAAACCAUAGAUUGAAUGUAUUACACUUGUUCCUCAAGAACCCAGAUGACAGAGCAAUGGAAGUGCUAUGUGAGGGUCUGAAUCAUCCCGAAUGUGCAAUAGAAACGCUUCAGCUUUCUGGAGAGAUACUGACCGAAUCCUCCAGCAGGCAUCUUGCAGAAGUCCUCAGAAAAAAACAGAGAUUGAAUAGAUUAGUCUUGUCCCUCAACAACCCAGAUGACAAAGCAAUGGAAGUGCUAUGUGAGGGUCUGAAACAUCCAGAAUGUGCAAUAAAAAUGCUUGAGUCCCUCCAGUGCAGCGGGCUCAAUGGGGUGGACCUGCCGGGCUGGCACAUAGAACACAGCAGUGGCAGCGCGUUUGAAAG